GACAGACUGCAGUCAGUGACCCUGCUGUCGGCAGCGGGAAGGUAGAAGGAGGGAGGUGCUCUUCUACACUCCUGCAGAGUAGCUGAUGACUCUCACACAGAAGCCAUUGACAGCCCAGGGCAGGCCGAAUGAUGAACAAAGCACGAACGUGGCAUGAACUGCAUGGGCCCAACCAGAGAAGAUCCAGCGCUGUAAUGUCUGUGGUCAGGAUCGUUGAAAUUUCAGGAACUUAGAUGUGGGGCACAGAAGAGAACAACAGAGCCCCGUUUCUCUGUAAUUUUUUUUGCAUAAUACCUCUUUUGUGAAGAUCUCAGCUGUUUCAAGAGGAAGAGAGGAAAACCCCAAAGCAUCCCUAUGCCUUGUCUCAAACUCAGGCUCCCAUCCCGUCCCCACACGUUCCUGUGACUGCGCACAUACACAUACACACACGUAAAGCCAGCUGUGCAGGGUUUGUACCACCUACUACUGUCUGUAUUUCACACAAUUCCCAGCCAACCAUCUGCUUUCUAACCAACUGCUCUCUGGGCGGUCUCACACAGUCCUGCCCACUCCAACGUCAUGCAUUUCUUCCUUCCUCAGUGUUUCCUCCUCACACAACAGAGCUCCGAGGUCAGUGCUGGCACCACAGGCAGGUCAGCUGAAGAAGAUAAAACUUUUCCCAUGUUUCCCUGCUGGUUUCUUACGGCCUUGCUGGCCCAUGUAGGCUGGGCUCUUCAGCAAACCCCAGACAUGAUUGUCCGACUGGGAGACUCUCUGACUCUGAACUGUUCACACAAAGAGAGUGGAACCUGGACCAUGUUCUGGUACAAGCUGCCAGUGGGGAAGAACGCCACUUUGCAGCUGAUUGUUCGUUCAUUGGAAGGUAACAAAGCAGAGUUUGAGGAAGAAUUCAAAAGCCGCUUCCAGAGCAGUGGGACUAAGGAGAAAUCCUUAUCAGUGGCGAUAGAUCACGUCCUACUUAAUGAUUCAGGCACUUAUUUCUGCGCUACACUGAACUUUGGACAGGGCACUCGUCUGACAGUGCUUGGGAAGAACAGUGAAAUCAUAGAACCAGAUGUGGUCAUCUUUUCACCAUCAAAGCAAGAGAUUCAAGAGAAGAAGAAGGCCACACUGGUAUGCCUGGCCUCUGGUUUCUUCCCUGAUCACCUCAAUUUAGUCUGGAAGGUGAAUGGUGUGAAGAGGACAGAAGGAGUGGGGACAGAUGAGAUUUCCACAUCAAAUGGGAGCACUUACUCAUUGACCAGCAGACUGAGAAUCUCAGCCCAAGAGUGGUUCAACCCUCUGAAUCGUUUUGAGUGUAUUGCCAAUUUUUUUAAGAAUGGAACACAGCAAUCAAUACAAAAAAUCAUCUAUGGUGAUACUGGCUGUGAUAUCUUCAAAGAAAACUAUCAGAGAAGUGCUACAGCUGGGAAGUUUGUAUACAUAAUGCUCAUUUUCAAGAGCAUUUUGUAUGGGAUAUUUGUGAUGGGGAUGAUGCUUUGGUACAAGAAAAUGUACUAGAUAUGCUUUGCCUUGAAGAGGAAGACAGAUAUUAUGCAAGUGGAAAGCCUCUAAGCUUCGAACACAAGCUCUGAUUUGCUUUAGGAACCAGUAAACAAACUACACGGCAAUCUUCACCAAUUUUGGCUUGCUUUCAAAAUUAUCCUCUGAUAAAAGUCUAUCCUUAA